CCUCUCGCGCCCUCUCCUUAUCGGCUUAUCCUCCUCGUCUAGCCCGAGCAGAUGUCGUUCCUUUUCUCGAGGCCCUCUCUUUGUCCUCUAGUCCCCUCCUCCACGCUGACUUGAUCACUGUUCGUCGGCUGUAAGCCCCCCCCCCUAAUCUCCUGCUCAUUGUCUCCGGCCUCCCCGGCUAUUAAACACUAGCCCCGACGCCGUUUCGUGGUACUUGACGUACUUGACCUCCUCUCUGUCUCUGUUUUGGUCGGUGUACUCGGUCCUCGUGCAGAUAUCACCUUUCCGAGUUUGGUUGGACCAUCAAUGCCACUCCAACUCCAUUGUCUUUGACUUUCUUGCGCAUCUGUUCCUGUCUCCCGUCGGCGAGCUAUCGGGACCUCGAAGUAUACCACCGGCUUCUGACGUCGAAAUCAAGUAUGCGAACGUGCAGUGUACUGCGUAUGCAAUGAGAUGAUGCAGACUGCCCUCCAUCAGCCCAUGGGGAUGACACUUUUAGCUGAUGCCGCUACAUCUUCGCUCACAGCUCUCAAAGGCUCCGCAUCUUCUGCUUUUUCUUCUACGUCUCAGAUAGUCCCUCCGGAGCCCGCGCGGACGGUCGUCGCGGUCUACACGCCGGGCCAGGAGGCCAUCGUUCAAGUUGUCGCGGACAUCCUCGGCAAGCCAUGGACAACGGAAACUUCGCUGUCGACGUUUGGUCGAGGAAGUAAUGCGGUCGUGGUGGGGUUUCUGGCCACUGAAGAUUCGAUCCGCGGUCUGGAAGUGGAUGACCAUACGGCCUGUAUUCUGGUCAACACGCAUUGUGUCGACGAUGGAUCGUUCCCGGACGAUGCGCUCACCGAUCGCUGCCAUUACGAGUUUCUCUACUCCCUCCGGAGUCCCUUCUUUCGCCGCGACCUCACGCGAUUCUUGUCGCUGAUUCUGGGCCAGACGCGGCCGCACGAGGACCUCAAGACUAAGAAUCGGACCAACUUUAUCUCGACUACAUUUCCGGACGUUCAUGCUGCCUUGCCUAACCUCGACAUCCUCUCCGUGGGGUCGGAUGCGGUUGAAAUCCGCGUGGACCUGCUGAUUGACCCCGAGCCGCCCCAAGGGGCGCCGGCGUCCGUCCCAAGCCUACGGUACGUUGGGCAGCAGUUGAUGUUGCUUCGGCAGCACACCGAGAUGCCAAUUAUCUUUACUACUCGAUGUACGAAGGAGAAUGGUAAGUUUCCGAUGGAGGACCCGCUGCUAUUCUACAAGUAUCUCCGUCGGGCGAUCCAGUGGGGGGUGGAGUACAUUGACGUCGAGCUGUGGCUGCCCGAGGACAUCCGGAGACGGCUGUCGGAGGUCAAAGGGAAUAGCAUCAUCAUGUCUGCCUUUCACGAUUUCUCGGGGACGUGGAGGUGGACGUCCGCCGAGGCGCCCCGGAUUUUUGCGGAGAGCGCCAAGUACGCCGACAUUGUCAAGAUGAUUGCCAUGGUCAAUACGAUCGAGGCCAACUACGAACUGGAGUACUUCCGGUCGACGAUCAAAGGGACCCACGGAUCCUACCCGCUCCUGUCGGCCGUCAACAUGGGUCAAAUGGGGCAGCUGUCCCGAGCCCUCAACACGGUGUUUUCGCCCAUCACGCAUCCCCUACUGCCGAUGAUUGCCGCGCCAGGGCAGCUGACAGCGGCCGAGAUCAACGAGGCGCUCCACAUCAUGGGCCAGCUGCCCAAACGAGACCUGUACGCGAUCGGAUCUUUCCGAUCGACCCCGCAGUCGAUGUUUAUGGAGAAAUGCUUCAACGAGCUCAGCCUGCCGCACACACUGACCUCGAUUGACCGCGGGCCCAUGGGGUCGAUUGAGCGGGUAAUCACUCAGCCGACCUUUGGCGGCGCGUCGGUCCACCCACCGAUCACCAGCGGGACGACGUCUAUUCCCACCAUCAGCGAGGCGGCCCAGGCGAUCGGGCUGGUCGAUACGAUUGUUGCGGUGCGCGGGUCCGGUGCGCAGCCGCAGUUGAUCGGGGAGAAUGCAGCGUGGAAGGGGAUCCGGGCGACCCUGACGCGGGACUACGUGCCGUCGGCGUACCGGGGCCGGGCGGCCAUCAUUCUGGCGGGGAGCGAGAGCGAAGCGUCGGCGACGAUCUUUGCGCUGCGCAGCUUGGGAGUGGGUGCGAUCCACACGGUCGGAUUCCGGGCGCGCGGGCCGCUGGCGGAAGGGCUGGAGCCAUUCACGUCGAUCCAGUCGGUGAAGAUGGUGGAGCAGCCGUUCGUGAUGGUGUCGGCGCUCCCGCCCGAGAAGUCGCUGCUGGUGCAGCCGUUACUGCGACACUACCGGACGAGUGGGCGAGCAUCGCCGCCGUCGACUCGUGGGAAGGUGUACCUCGACCUGACGCGCGGGGAGCGCACCGGAGAUCCGGUCGGGGUUGCGGAGCGGGCGGGCUGGACGGCUUAUGGGAUCGAGGAUGUCGAUGCGUGGACGACGGUGGAGACGCUGCGACUGCUGGUGGGACAGAACGUGCCAUUUGAUUUUGUGCGGAUGGCGUCGGGGCGGGUGUUUUGAGAUGUAUAGAUAGGAUAUGAAUCUGGAAUGACAUGACUCUUGACCUUUAGAUGUAUGCUGCUGGGGAUGUUGAAUUGACCAUGAGUCCGUG